AUGCACCGUGUCACUCGGGACACGGUGGCCGUCAUCGGCGUCAUUGGCCGGGACGAUGUCGCGCUUAGAGAACACGUCCGAGAGGCGUGGAGCAGCGCAUCCCAUCUGCCGCACAGCCUGGCCCUGCGAUUUGCUGUCUCCACGCAUGACAGCGACGGAGCGGCCACAGCGGUCGGCAGCGCCGCUAGCGAGGAGGCCGAUCUGCAUCGCCUCGAAUGCCUCGGCCAGUCAUCUGGGCUGGCGGUUGUCGUUUUCUCUCUCGCAGACGCCUGGUUUCGGUUUGCCGCGUCGCACCCGGCGUUUGCAAAGGUGCCUUUCAUUGGACGGGCAGACACCGACGCGGUCAUCUCUCCCGUGUGGCUCGACCGCAUGCUUCUCCGGCUUGCGAGGGGGCAGCCCUUCUACCUCGGGCGGGUGCAGUGGUUCUCGUGGCACCGCAGUCUCCACAAGCCCGUCGGGUUUGGCUUCAGUCCGGAGGGCGCAGUUGCCGCCGCGCGGGGCGAGGCUCGCGAGCGCGCCUGCCUCACGCCGCCUGGAAGCUGCGACGGGCCUUUCCCCUUUGUGACGGGCCCGAUAAUCGUCAUGUCGAUGUCGCUCAUCCGCUGGUACGCCGGCUCUCGCGACAUCGAGACUGCGGUGCGCCUCGCCAUUGACUCGCGCCUCAACCGCUUCCAAGGGAGUGGUCAGAAUGGCACCGCACCCAUCCCGCUCGACAGCGCGCGACGCAGAGGUCUCUUCCUGCGUGCCGCUAGCGCCGGCGACCUGAGCGUACGCCUUUUCGACGACGUCUUUUUGGGGUGGACCAUGUGCCGCGAGAGGGGCGCAGACUCUACCUCUGCGGCGGUGACCGUGCUCGCCUUCCCCAACCACGCACUCUACACCGCGCCCGGCGCGUGCAACCAGGCGGGGCCUGGCGCGCCCGUCAUCCACGGCCUCAAGGGGCUGCCGGCCAUGCUGCCGGCCGUGGCAGCACAGAUGAGGGAGAGCGCGCUCCAUCCCCCCCCCUCGCCGACGGUCACGUGCGGGCCCAUGCCGGAGCGGGCAAUGGAGGUGGUGCACGCUGCCGUGGAUCAAAAAGCCGCCCCCUCCGCCACCCUGCAAGGCAAGGUUGUUCAGGACGCACCUCGCGGGCGGGCGGCAAAGGAGUGGGGGGAGUGCGAUCAACAUCAAGCCGCCGCGGCCUUUAUUGUGACCGGCGUCGGGUCGCGACGCGUGCACAAAACAAUAUUGUAG